AUGGCGGACGCGGGCGUCAGCCUGGGGAAGGGCGCCUGGGACUGCGACAACAACUGCGAGAUUCCGCCGGAGAAGGAGGCCGAGGUGUUUGAGGAGGUCCCUACUAUGGAGCACAACUUCGAAGGCAUCCCGACAGUCCCACCCCACAAAGACCUGGACCACAUGGCAUUCUUCUGUGGCGGCUGCCGCUACCGCGUGACCGCGUACCCAGAUUGGACGGUGGAGAAGGUCAAGCGCGCCCUGUUUGACGGCGGCAUCGCGCGCUCCAACAAACCCGAGGGCCGCUCCGCCACCCCCGGCAUCCGCAGCUGGCAGGACCUGGUGCGCUGA